UACAUUACUUACCUCCCACUUCUACUGUGAUUGAUUUUUGCAUCUGAUAAACUUGUGAGCCUAGAAUGGCUUAUCAUUAUGGUGGUAAACGGUAGUGAUUGAAAAUACAUUUUCUUCAUUCAUUUCACAGCUAAAUUGAAAAGUGAAAAUGGAAGACUUGAGUUGCCCAAGAUGCCGUAUGACGAAAUAUAGGAAUCCUUCACUUCGAUUAAUGAUAAAUGUUUGUGGGCAUGCAUUGUGUGAGGCAUGUGUUGAUCUCCUUUUUGUCAGGGAGUCUGGGUCAUGUCCAGAAUGUGGAUUGCCUCUCAGGAGAAGUGGAUUUCGAACUCAGUUGUUUGAAGAUACAGGUGUAGACAAAGAGGUUGAUGUGCGAAAACAGAUAAUGAAGAUUUACAACAAACAAGAAACAGACUUUGGGUCAUUGCGAGAAUACAAUGAUUAUCUUGAAGAAGUAGAAGUCAUUAUUGACAGUCUUAUAUCAGGCAUAAAUAUAGAGACAACCCGCGCAAAAGUUGCUGCUUAUAAGUUCGAAAAUGAAGCUUUAAUACGUCGCAAUCAAGCUCGAAUUAGUCAAGAAAAGGCAUACUGGCAAGAUCAAAUAGAGAAUGAAAAACGUCAAAAUGAUCUCAAGAGGCAUAUUCAAGAUGAAAUGGAAAAAGAGGCAAAUGAAGCCAAACGAAUGAAACAACAGAGCCUGUUGGAUGAUUUAGAAAACAACAAACAUUUAACACCACAGCAAGUACUAGAAAUUCACAGACAAAAGUUGGAGAACGCUUCAGCCACAAAAACGUUUGAGGAAAGGUUAAAUGCUGGCACUGCUAAUAUCUCAGGACCAGAUAUGUUAUUGAAUUUCAGAAACAGCGCAAACACUUCUAUAUCAGGGUCAAAUUUAUCAGAAGUAAAGCCUUAUGUUUAUGAGAUAUUCACGGAAGAUAUUCUAGGACCUUCAAUGCCUGGAAAAGAUGACUUGAUGGAAUCUGAGUAUAUGCAUCAUGUACGAGAAUCUACUCCAUCUGAUAUUGGUGGAGGGUAUAGUAGCUUUAUUGCUUGCUCUCGUGCAUUGCAAGAUGCAUUUACUGGAUUAAUAUGGCGACCCAUUUCCACUGUUGAAGGCAUUCAAUGAUUUGUUACCAAUGGUUCCAAACAUUAUUUAAUAAAUUUCAUCGUUUAUUAAUCCUUCUACGAGGUAUUCAUUUAUGUUCAUUUUAUGGCGCUACAGUGAGCAAGGCAAUUCUUAACAGUUUUAUUCACAUCGUUUAUAAGUUCAUCACCGCAUUAGCUUAAUUAUCGGAGCAAAUUUAAGUUUGUAUAUUGUGCAUUUUCUAUCAUUGGUGUGUACUGUGUACACAUCAGGACGCAACACAAUGUUAAAUUAAAUGUUCUACCAUCUCCCACCCCAGAAUAAGUUGAUAUUGUCGCAGACAUAAACAAGUAAAACAAUUUUCAUACUGCAUUUGCUUCAAUAUAAUUAUUCCUGAUUUAACUUGCAAGGCACCAGUAUUUAAAUAUAUUGUUAACGCAUUAUUAGCUUUUGACAGCCUUACGCAUUCCAAAAAGGCACAAAUCGCUUCUGUUUACUUGAGGUAACAACUUCCGUAUAUUUAACCAUUCGCACAUAUUCUCAAAAGAAAAAAUAUUUAGAUGAGAUAAUUUUAUUUCGACUCUAUAAUCAGCAUAAAAGGCGAUAAAAUGAUUGAUAAAAGCAAAUAAAUAUAAACAGCUUAUGAAAUCAGGAGAGCAAACCUUGGAUGAGGUUUAAAACGUACAGAAUAUAAGAUGGAAGGUUUCGCCGGAAAGAAAGGAUAAAUUGUGUCUAUGUACGCAUAUCUUAAAGUCAUUUCACUGACAUUUAGAAGUAUGUCCGGCUGAUUUUUGUCUUUGAUGAGCCCUUUUUCCUAUUACUGUAGCUAUUCUUGUACGAUUCCUAACACAAUGCCACUGGAACUUU